UCCAAGUCAAGUGCAAUAAUUAAAGUUGUGAGGCUAAUUGAACGUUAAAAAUUACCAAACAAGCAAAAAAUUUUAAAAUUUUUGCUUGGAGUAAAGUCCAGCAUGAUUUGCAUUAUGCGUAUGAAAACAUUCGUUUCUGAUGGCUUUGCGAGGCAUCAGGGUGCUAGAGUUGGCCGGAUUGGCCCCAGCCCCCUUUUGUGGUAUGGUCUUGUCCGAUUUUGGGGCUUCUGUUUUACGUAUAGACAAGGUUGGGGCUAACAUAGACCUUGACUGUUUGGGUAAUGGCAAAAAAUCAAUAGCCUUGAACUUGAAGGACCCAAACGGAGCGAAGAUUGUGAGAAAAUUGGCCAAAACCAGCGAUGUCCUGAUUGAGCCGUUUAGAAAAGGAGUAAUGGAGAGGUUGGGGUUAGGUCCUGAGACCCUCAUGAAGGAAAACCCGCGCUUGAUUUAUGCCCGGUUGACGGGCUGGGGCCAGACCGGGUUGUAUAGCGCGAGGGCGGGUCACGAUAUAAACUACUUGGCGUUAUCAGGGCUAUUAUCACUUUUUGGGCGAAAGGGCCAAAAACCAAUUUUUCCUGUGAAUCUGGCCGCUGAUUUCGGAGGCGGGGGGCUGAUGUGCGCUUUGGGGAUUCUCUUAGCGCUUCACGAGCGUCAUUCGUCCGGUUUGGGGCAAGUUAUAGAUAGCAGUAUGGUCGAAGGGACGGCCUACUUAGGGAGCUGGUUGUUUCGUUCUCAGAAACUCCCGAUUUGGGGGAACGAACGUGGAAGUAAUCAGCUGGACUCGGGUAGUCAUUUUUAUGAGGUUUAUGAGACAAAAGACGGGAAAUUUGUCUCAGUGGGGGCACUAGAACCACAAUUCUACGAAAAAUUGUUACAAGGUUUGGGUUUGAGUUACGAUGAAGCGCCACAAUUUGACGAUUACGAAAAGUUGAAAGUUUUAUUCGCGCGAAAAUUUAAAGAGAAGACGCAGGAAGAGUGGUGCCGGAUUUUUGACAAAGCUGAUGCUUGUGUAGCCCCAGUUUUAACGCUUGAGGAGGCUCCAGAGCACCCACAUAAUAAAGAAAGGGGGUGUUUUGCGAGGAUGGGGGAUGAUAUAAUCCCCAAACCUGCCCCGGUUUUAAGUAGAACGCCUGGAGAAGCGAGUGGGUUGAAAGCGGCCCCCAACUGUGGGGAACAUACGUGGGAUGUUUUGAAAGGGUUAGGGUACAGUGACAAUAAUAUCAAUGAUUUAGUUGCCAAAGGCACGGUUGAAUGUUUUAAUAAGUCCAAAUAUUAAUUUUUUCAAUAAAUACUGUUUCGUUUUUGAGCAA